ACAGGAAGAGAGAGAGAGGAAGAAGAAGAUCGAAGAAGAUGGGAGGAGGAAUGGAAACGAACAAGAACAGGUUCAUAGAGGAGUGGGGAAGCGCAAGGGAGAACCUGGAGCUCAACUUCAGGUGGACCCGCCGCAACUUUGCUCUCGUUGGCUUAUUCGGCAUCGCCAUCCCCAUCCUCGUCUACAAGGGCAUCGUCCGAGAUUUCCAUAUGCAAGAUGACGAUGCAGGGCGGCCACACAGGAAGUUCCUUUGAGUGUUCUUCCCAUUUCCAUUUAAUAAACAAUGAAUGGCAGUGAAAAGUGAAACAGAGCUUCGAAUUCCUUCAGGAGGACCACAAGCGUGUCUGUGUUUUACAU